UCCCUUUCCUCUCUUUCCCCUUUCCCUUGCCCCUCACCUCAUUAUUGAUGAUUGAUACCCCCCUACCCCCAUUACCCCCACACCCACACCACCACACCUACCUGUAUAAGAAACCUUCAUAACAUAACUAUUCACUUUUCCCCCCCCUCUUUCUCUUUCUUCUUCUCUCAAAAGCUACACGGAUCUUUCAGGUUCGGUUUGAUAGGGGGCUGAUCAGCUUGAGGUUCGUAACCAUGACUGGUACUAACAACCAGUUGAUAUCUGUUAGUCCUGAGGAGCUCAGAUUCCAAUUUGAGCUGGAGAAACAAAGCUACUGCGAUCUUAAAGUUACAAACAGCACAGAGCAUUGUGUUGCUUUCAAGGUGAAAACUACUUCUCCUAAAAAGUACUUUGUUCGGCCAAACACGGGUGUCAUACAUCCCUGGGAUUCAUGUUUUAUACGAGUCACCCUCCAAGCGCAAAAAGAGUACCCUCCGGAUAUGCAAUGCAAGGACAAGUUCCUCCUACAGAGCACCAUUGUGAAUAAUGAUUCUGACGAACUUUCUCCCGAUACUUUUAAUAAGGAUAGUGGAAGAACUGUAGAAGAGUGCAAGCUUAGGGUUGUCUACAUCUCUCCUCACUCAUCUCCUGGACAAUCUGAAGAUGCGUUUAAACAAAGUUCUGAUGUCAACUCUAGUCAAGCAUUGCAGCGUGCUAGAGAUGAAAGGGAUGCAGCUUUCCGACAAACACAGCAGCUGCAACAGGAAGUGGAAGUUCUUAAGAGACGAAGAAAUCGGAGGGGUGAUGCAGGCUUCUCUCUAAAGUUUGCACUCGUUGUGGGAGUCAUUGGGAUAAUGGUUGGGUUUCUAUUUAAACUGUUGAUGUCUUCACCUUCUACAGAAUAGCACAAGUCCCUCCGUUCGUGGAUUACAGUUUUUCUUUUUCAGUUUACUGUAUAAUUUUCUAGUGUUGGUGAACUGAAGAGCUCGCUGGCUCUGUUCUUUCUGUGUAAAUUGAUCAAUUUUUAUGAUACUUUGUAUUCAUUCUCACCAUUUUUCAGUUCAUAUAUAUUUUCUUUUCUUUUGUUUC